AUGCUUCAACUACCAGCUUGUCUACAGGGCCGGCGAUCCCGCAAUGGCUCUGAUGAGAUGUCUGGAUUUCCCAUUCAGCAAUUGUUCGUAUUAGCUCUCGUCCGGAUCUGCGAGCCAAUUGCCUUCAUGUCCAUUUUCCCGUACGUUUAUCACAUGGUCGAAUCAUUCCAUGUGACGGAUAACGACCGCCAAAUCGCACUCUACGCCGGCAUGAUCACGUCCUCGUUCACUUUUGCAGAGUUCUCAGCGGGUAUGUUCUGGGGCCGCAUGAGUGACCGCAUUGGCCGCAAGCCAGUACUCAUUAUGGGCUUGGUGGGCACGGCCAUCAGCAUGGUGGUCUUCGGAUUUGCGCCCAACCUGGCCACGGCGAUGAUUGCGCGCGCCUUGGGCGGCUUGUUGAACGGCAAUAUCGGAGUGCUUCAGACGACGGUUGCGGAGAUUGUCAAGAAGAAGGAGCACCAACCGCGAGCUUAUUCGAUCAUGCCCUUUGUGUGGUGUUUGGGAUCGAUCAUUGGACCGGCUAUGGGCGGCGCUUUGGCCCAACCUUGCGACAACUAUCCGGCCCUGUUUGCCCGCAGCACGCUGUGGGACAAAUUCCCGUUCCUGCUGCCCAACCUGGUGUGCAUCACAGUGCUUGUCUGUGGUAUUGUGGUCGGUUUCCUGUUUUUGGAGGAGACUCACCCGGAGAAGAAGCACCGCCGUGAUCCUGGUCUCGAGCUCGGUCACUGGUUAGUUAGCUGUUGCUGGGGAUCCCGCGUGCAGCUUCCUGAGGAUUCCGAGAAGUAUUUCGGAUAUGACGAAUAUGAGAGUGAAUCUUGCAGUGAUGCCUCGGAGGAGAGUGACUUGGAGGGCCAGAAGAACCCUGCCCCCAAGGCCUUUACCCGACAGGUCAUUCUGGCGAUAGUUGCUUACGGCAUCCUUGCAUACCACAGCGUUUCCUUCGAUCAGCUGAUGCCGGUUUUCCUGAGCACCCCCAAGUCCGAUGACGACGUGGUCCUACCCCUCAAGUUUACCGGUGGCCUUGGGAUGGCCACGAAGACCAUUGGCUUCAUGCUCGCCGUGCAAGGCGUUUACUCGAUGAUUGCCCAAUUGUGGCUGUUCCCCUUCGUGGUCAAGCACUUUGGUACUCUGCGCACAUUCCGCUUCGUGCUGCUUGCCUGGCCCCCUCUCUACCUGGCCGUGCCAUAUCUCGUUCUACUUCCGGCCAAGCUCCAAAUCCUUGCUGUCUAUGUGUCUCUGAUCAGCAAGAUUACUUUCCAUGUCAUCGCCUUCCCCGCUACUGCCAUUCUCCUCGCCAAUGCCGCCCCGUCCUCGAAAGUGUUGGGCUCCAUCAACGGAGCUGCCGCCUCGACUGCCAGUCUCAGCCGUGCCUUUGGGCCCACUAUCACCGGUCUUCUCCAUUCCAGAGGUCUGGAGAGCGGUUACUCCGUGUUGGCCUGGUGGGCCUGCGGUUUGGUCUGUGUCAUCGGCGCCAUUCAGAGCUUCUGGAUGGAGGAGUCUUCUGAGCCUGAGCGCUUCAAAUCCCGCCAGCCUGAGACCAGUGAGGCGGAGAUGAAGCGCGAAGCCAUCCCCGACUUUGAUGCCCAGGAGUUCGACUCUGACACAGAGGAGGAGCAACGCUUGCUCUCAUUGCGCUCUAGCGUCGACCACGAGUUCGACAUUUCACAACUCAACCUCAACACCGACAAUUUUCCCAAGCCUGAAUCCACUGUGACCCAUGAUAACCAUGUCAAAAGCUGA